AUGUCGAACGCUGUGGUUGGAAAUGUUUACGAUCAGAUCAUCAAAGACGUCAUCGAAAGUUCUCGGGUUGACUUCGAAGAAUGCGGCGUAGAUGAGUCCGUCCUGGACGAACUUCGUGAGGUAUGUGUCCGUUUGCUUGCCUUGUUCUCUUUCGUGAUGCAUGCUGCAUCUAGGAUGGCAAAAAAACUUACGCAGCUCCGGGUUGCCGAGUUUCCUUGGGACCCUAAGCCCGAUGCGAUGGUCCCACCCCCAGGUGCCUCAGCACCUACCAAUGCCACAUUCGCCCAGCAGCAUAGUCCCCAACCUGGGGCCCAGGCCCUGCCGCUUCCCGCGGCACCUGCUGCCGUGAACGGCCAGCAACUCCCAGGUGAUAUUAAGAUGGAACCCGAUAUCAAGCAGGAGCCCGGUCUUUCUUCCAACGUUAUGCCCGGCUCCUUUUCGACAGACCCUCGCAGCGUCGCUGCCGCCCGUGCCUCUCAAGCCCUCCAAAAGAAUUACGGCAACAGGGCUACCAGCUCUAUCAAUGCUAUUCAAGCUGGCAUGACGGCGCAGGCUCAGGGACUCAAUGGCCAAGGCUACCCGCAGGGUCAACAGAACCCUGGCCACUUACCCAUGCCUCAGACUGAUGGCGCGGAUGAUUCUCUCGCUGAAGGCGUUUUGAUGGGACAAAACACAGCUGGAGAGAUGGUGGAAAUGGGUCGAAUGGAUAUCGACAAGAUGAUGCAUGAGCAGAUCCUCGCCAAAGCCAAGGCCCUAGAAGGUGGUGGCUUCAUGGUGCCCUUAGAGGAAGCUCUCAAGCACCCUUCUAAGGCUCGCAAGGUGAAGAAGACAGGUCUGCCUCAGGUUGACGGCGGUGAUGAUGACGAUGGGGAAGACGCCAUUAAUUCAGACCUCGAUGACACGGACGAUGACCGGGAGGAUUCAGAGGUAGAUGACGAGGGCUUGAGUCACAUCAUGCUUUGCAUGUAUGACAAGGUGCAGCGAGUGAGGAAUAAGUGGAAGUGUACCCUUAAAGACGGCGUACUCACCGUGAACGGCAAGGAGUACGUGUUUCAAAAGGCGACCGGGGAGUACGAGUGGUAA